AACUAAGAUUUAGCGAAAGAUGUCAUGGAUAAGACGGUGGUUAUGGUUGGCAAUGGCAAAGACAACACAACACAACACAGUUUAACAUUUUCGUGUCGUGUUGAGUUUGGUUUUAACGAUAAACCCUCCUUCAUGUUCUGUAACUCCCAAUGGCGGCGUUUGCUAAACCCUCUCAACUUCAUGCUCAAUUGGGUAAUCCUCUUCUUCCUCCUUCUACUUCGACCAACUUCAACCUCAAAACUCGCACUUUUACGCACAACCUGCACACCCUUCAUUCCCCUCUUAGAAAAGUUAAACAUGUUUGUGUUUCAAGUUCUUCCACUGCCACUACCUCCCUCAGCAACGACCACAGCCACAGCGCAAACUCUGAUAUUUCCCAACUGUGCCUUCUUGGGAACUUGGACCGUAGCAUGAGCUACUUAGACUCAAUGCACGAGCUUCGAAUUCCCGUUGAAGAUGAUACUUACGUUGCCUUGGUACGACUGUGUGAGUGGAAGGGAGCAAGGAAGGAAGGGUCACGUGUUUAUUCCUAUGUUUCCAAGUCCAUGACCCUUUUGAGUCUUCAACUGGGGAACGCGCUUUUGAGUAUGUUUGUGAGGUUUGGGAACUUGGUGGAUGCUUGGUAUGUUUUUGGGAGAAUGGAGAAAAGGAAUUUGUUCUCUUGGAAUGUUUUGGUUGGUGGGUAUGCUAAAGCUGGCUUCUUUGAUGAGGCUCUGGACCUCUAUCAUAGAAUGUUGUGGGUUGGUGAGAGGCCUGAUGUUUACACUUUCCCUUGCGUUUUGAGGACUUGUGGUGGCAUGUCUAACUUGAUGAGGGGUAGAGAGAUUCAUGUGCAUGUUUUAAGAUACGGGUUUGAGUCAGAUGUGGAUGUGCUUAAUGCAUUGAUAACCAUGUAUGUGAAAUGUGGGGAUGUAAGUACUGCCAGGUUGGUGUUCGACAAAAUGUCUAAUAGAGAUAGGAUUUCGUGGAAUGCCAUGAUUUCCGGGUAUUUUGAAAAUGGGGAGUGUCUGCAGGGAUUGAGAUUGUUCUGCAUGAUGAUAGAAUAUCCUGUUGAUCCAGAUUUGAUGACCAUGACCAGUGUGAUUACUGCAUGUGAGCUUCUGGGUGAUGAGAGAUUGGGGAGGGAAAUUCAUGGUUAUGUUCUGAGAAUGGGGUUCGGGAGUGACCCUUCAGUUCAUAAUUCGUUAAUUCAGAUGUACUCAUCAGUUGGGCAUAUUCAGGAAGCGGAAACAGUUUUCUCUCGAGCAGAAUGCAAAGAUGUGGUGUCAUGGACUGCAAUGAUAUCAGGUUACGAGAAUUGUUUGAUGCCUCAGAAAGCACUUGAGACAUAUAAAAUGAUGGAAGCAGAAGGUAUCAUGCCAGAUGAAAUCACAAUCGCCAUUGCACUAUCUGCUUGUUCUAAUAUAUGCAGUUUAGACAUGGGGACAGACCUCCAUGAGACAGCCAAACAGACAGGGCUCAUCUCUCAUCUGAUAGUUGGAAACGCACUCAUUGACAUGUAUUCAAAGUGUAAAUCCAUUGACAAGGCUUUGGAGGUUUUCCACUCUACUCUUGACAAGAACAUUGUAUCUUGGACAUCGAUCAUCCUAGGUCUUAGGAUCAACAGCCGGUGUUUUGAAGCUUUAUUUUACUUCAGGAAUAUGAUUCGUAGACUGAAGCCAAACUGUGUUACUUUAGUUUCUAUUCUGUCUGCAUGUGCUAGAAUAGGAGCUUUGACAUGUGGAAAAGAGAUUCAUGCCCAUGCAUUGAGAACUGGAGUAAGUUUUGAUGGCUUUAUGCCUAAUGCAAUUUUGGACAUGUAUGUGAGGUGUGGAAGAAUGGGAUAUGCGUGGAAACAAUUUUUCUCAGUUGAUCAUGAUGUUACUGCAUGGAACAUUUUGCUUACAGGAUAUGCUGAGCGUGGGAAAGGAGCACUUGCUUCUGAAGUUUUUCAGAGAAUGGUGGAAUCAAACAUCAAUCCUGAUGAAAUAACAUUUAUCUCCAUAUUAUGUGCUUGCAGCAGAUCAGGUAUGGUAGCCGAAGGCUUAGAAUAUUUUAACAGCAUGAAGUAUAAGUACUCUAUCACACCUAAUCUGAAACACCAUGCAUGUGUGGUUGAUUUACUUGGCCGUUCUGGGAAAUUGGAGGAAGCUUAUGAAUACAUACAGAAAAUGUCACUGAAACCAGACGCAGCAAUCUGGGGAGCUUUAUUAAAUGCAUGCAGGAUUCACCAUAAUGUUGAACUUGGGGAGCUUGCUGCAGAGAAUAUCUUUCAAUACGAUACAACAAGUGUCGGAUACUACAUUCUUCUCUCUAAUCUUUAUGCUGACAAUGGUAAAUGGGACAAGGUUGCAGAAGUAAGAAAAAUUAUGAGACAGAAUGGGCUAAUAGUAGAUGCUGGAUGCAGCUGGGUGGAAGUCAAGGGCACAGUGCAUGCUUUUCUCAGUGGUGAUAACUUUCACCCUCAAAUAAUGGAAAUAAAUGCACUUUUGGAGAGGUUUUAUAAGAAGAUGAAGGAAGCUGGUGUUGAAGGGCCAGAAAGCAGUCAUAUGAACAUAAUGGAAGUUUCUAAGGCUGACUUAUUUUGUGGGCACAGUGAGAGACUGGCCAUUGUGUUUGGACUUAUGAAUUCUGGUCCUGGGGUGCCUAUUUUGGUGACAAAGAAUCUGUACAUGUGCCAAAAUUGCCACAACAUUGUGAAAUUUAUCUCUAGGGAGGUUCGCAGAGAGAUUUCUGUGAGGGAUGCUGAACAAUUGCACCAUUUCAGGGGAGGCAUCUGCUCUUGCAUGAAUGAAGGAUACAGGAAAUCAGUCACAUAUAUUGCGGAAUUGGGAUCACUGGCAGACAUUUUUCCUGCUUUGGAGGUUUUCCACUCUACUCUUGACAAGAACAUUGUAUCUUGGACAUCGAUCAUCCUAGGUCUUAGGAUCAACAGCCGGUGUUUUGAAGCUUUAUUUUACUUCAGGAAUAUGAUUCGUAGACUGAAGCCAAACUGUGUUACUUUAGUUUGUAUUCUGUCUGCAUGUGCUAGAAUAGGAGCUUUGACAUGUGGAAAAGAGAUUCAUGCCCAUGCAUUGAGAACUGGAGUAAGUUUUGAUGGCUUUAUGCCUAAUGCAAUUUUGGACAUGUAUGUGAGGUGUGGAAGAAUGGGAUAUGCGUGGAAACAAUUUUUCUCAGUUGAUCAUGAUGUUACUGCAUGGAACAUUUUGCUUACAGGAUAUGCUGAGCGUGGGAAAGGAGCACUUGCUUCUGAAGUUUUUCAGAGAAUGGUGGAAUCAAACAUCAAUCCUGAUGAAAUAACAUUUAUCUCCAUAUUAUGUGCUUGCAGCAGAUCAGGUAUGGUAGCCGAAGGCUUAGAAUAUUUUAACAGCAUGAAGUAUAAGUACUCUAUCACACCUAAUCUGAAACACCAUGCAUGUGUGGUUGAUUUACUUGGCCGUUCUGGGAAAUUGGAGGAAGCUUAUGAAUACAUACAGAAAAUGCCACUGAAACCAGACGCAGCAAUCUGGGGAGCUUUAUUAAAUGCAUGCAGGAUUCACCAUAAUGUUGAACUUGGGGAGCUUGCUGCAGAGAAUAUCUUUCAAUACGAUACAACAAGUGUCGGAUACUACAUUCUUCUCUCUAAUCUUUAUGCUGACAAUGGUAAAUGGGACAAGGUUGCAGAAGUAAGAAAAAUUAUGAGACAGAAUGGGCUAAUAGUAGAUGCUGGAUGCAGCUGGGUGGAAGUCAAGGGCACAGUGCAUGCUUUUCUCAGUGGUGAUAACUUUCACCCUCAAAUAAUGGAAAUAAAUGCACUUUUGGAGAGGUUUUAUAAGAAGAUGAAGGAAGCUGGUGUUGAAGGGCCAGAAAGCAGUCAUAUGAACAUAAUGGAAGUUUCUAAGGCUGACUUAUUUUGUGGGCACAGUGAGAGACUGGCCAUUGUGUUUGGACUUAUGAAUUCUGGUCCUGGGGUGCCUAUUUUGGUGACAAAGAAUCUGUACAUGUGCCAAAAUUGCCACAACAUUGUGAAAUUUAUCUCUAGGGAGGUUCGCAGAGAGAUUUCUGUGAGGGAUGCUGAACAAUUGCACCAUUUCAGGGGAGGCAUCUGCUCUUGCAUGAAUGAAGGAUACAGGAGUUAACCUGAUUACCAGGGAAACUGUAAGAUAUGUAGAAUCAUGGUGAGAAAUUAGAAUUGAAAGAAAUUGCUUCAAUAUCCAUGCAUAUAAGAUUUGAACAUGACUUCACAUAUAUGACAGGGUUUAUUCCCAUCAAGUACCAAAAUGUUUUUAUGACAUUUAGUUAAAUGAGACAAAUGUUCAUUAUUUUGUAAAAACACGAUAAAGAACUUGAAACCUGGGGCAUGAUUAUGUAGAAAGAGAAUGCCUUUUUUACGAGAACUUUCAGAUAUUUAGCACAAGGCAAAAUGGAAAGUAGAGAAACUGGCUUUUUGCUGUAAAAAUGAGCUGCUUUCUCAUAUUUGACAGGUAAAUAACCUUGUAAGUAAAUUUAAUAAUAUAACGCAUGUAUUCUACAGACCUAUUCCCUCUCUCAUUUUUAUCUUCAAAAGAAAAUUUUCAUUCCAUCAUCCAGCAUCAGGUAAUAUAGUAGAAGUGUCGAAAAACUCUUAAGAUAUCUGUUCAUAAUUUCACUACUCUCUUGAAGUUGAGAUUGGCUUGAUAAAUGAUAGGUGAAAGCAGUUGUUGUUGGAUUGAGCGCUUAUCACUAAGACAAAAGUUAUACCUAUUAGUUAGAGUGCAAUUCUUUCCACUUAAGAGUGUAUCAGUCCAAGCGUUACGAUUUAAUUGUGACUCAGGUUCACUAUUUCCAUCACAUGACAAUUGACGCCAUUUACAACACUUAAGCUUCCUAGCUACUUUCUAAAGUCACAUAAUUUUUUUGUCAUCUUAUAGAUCAGAUGGAUUUCUGUACCUGUUAGCAUGGUUUACUGUCUAGUGAUCCGCAUUUAUUUUCCUAUGAAAGAUAGAAGUCAUCUCAGUGUACUGUAAUCUGUAUUUCUCUCUUUCUUGCAUGUCCUUCAUUGGGUUUCUGGUGAUAAAGAUCAAGAACUUGGUAUGGACUUUGCUUGGUUUCGGGCUUCAUGAGUUGUUUGCAGCCAACAAACGUUC